AUGGAUAACCCAAACUCGCUUGUAGCUCAAGUCUUAAAACAUCGCUAUUUUCGUAGUAGUACUUUUUUGGAAAGCUCGCGACCGUCGUUUGCUUGGCGCAGUUUGCUACAUGGCAGAGAACUGUUGCAGCAGGGGUUGGUUACAAGGGUUGGCAAUGGUACAUCUACGAAUGUGUGGUGGGACAAAUGGAUCAUUGAUUAUGUUCCUCGUACUCCAGACUACAGACCUGAGUCCUUGGUUGAUCUUACGGUAAAAGUUGAUGAUUUAUUGGAACCCCAAAUAGGUUCUUGGAAUCGCGAGUUAGUCCUUCAAACAUUCAGUCAGAAGGAUGCAGACAUUAUAUUCAAAAUUAAGCCUCUUCUUUCUCGUUCAGACUCCGUUGUUUGGGGUUUCACUAAGAAUAGAGUAUACUCGUCUAAGAGCGGGCAUGAUCUGCUUGUGGCUUCAGAGGAUUUGAAGUCUCCUCCUUUGGCUCCUACUCCUCCAGUGGAACAACAACUCUGGAAAUCUAUCUGGAAAGCCAAAACUACUCCUAAAUUGCGACAUUUUCUAUGGCGUAUACUCUCAGGUGCUUUGGCUGUUAAAGAGAGAUUACGUUCGAGAGGCAUCAACAUUGAUACGACAUGCUCCUCAUGUGGUAAUGGCCGUGAAGAUAUCAACCACGUGCUCUUUCAAUGUCGGUUUGCUCAAGAUGUUUGGUCGCUCUCUGCGGUGCCUAUGCCUCCAUCAGGGUCUUGGUAUAACUCGGUCUUUCUAAAUCUCUAUCAUCUUAUGAAAUGUUGCAAGAUGAAUACGCUAUCUCCAGAUGCAAGACUCGUUUCUCCUUGGCUUUUAUGGCAUAUAUGGAAAGCAAGAAAUGCCUUUUGCUUUGAGUACAAAAGACUGGACCCUGCUAAUAUCUUGGAUAAAGCCAUCAUGGAAGCUCAGAUUUGGCGAGAGCUGCAGGUUCCCCCACGAUCAGAGACUCCUCUAGUUUCAUGUCCCAAGGUCUGGACUAAGCCUCCUGACGAUUGGAUCAAAUGCAAUGUUGGGGCUUCAUGGUUAAAUUGUUCAGUUAACAAUGGAGGUGCUUGGAUCGUCCGUAACCCUACAGGUAUGACUCUCCUUCAUAGUAGAAGAGCUUUCUCCAAUGUUUCAACCCCACUGGAAGCAGAUCUUUGCUCUCUCUUAUGGUCUAUUGAGUCAAUGCGGAGCUUACGAUUGAAUAAAGUCAUCUUUGAGUCAUCAUCAGCUAUCCUCAGAGAUGCCUUCCUUAAUCCAUCUUUCGACUCUCCAACGUGGCCUAUGGUAUUGAAUAUUCUCCACACUCUCGAUGGUUUUGGCGAAUGGAGGGUGGAGCAUGUGGUCCCGGAAAGUAAUAAAGUUGCGUCCAUGAUCGCGUCAAGUGUUACUUAG